AUACAUACCUGCCACAGGCCAGUCGAUACAGAAGACAGAAAACCGCAGCGGAGGAGUCCACAAAUUAAGUCCCGUGGAAAAGAGGUGAAAUACAAAAUAUUUUGUUUAGAAUAUUUGUUCGAGUGUUACGCUAAAAGCGAAGGACGCGAAUCGAUGGCGACUGCGACGCUGGAGCUUGACUACUUCAGGGCAGUGUCCCUCUACCGCCGCCGCUCCUACGAGAGCUGUGCGGAGCUUUGCAACGCACUCCUGCAGGCCGGUCACGAUGGCCAUGUCCAACUGUUCGCCACCAAGGAAGAGGAGGAGGUGGAGCAGCAGCAGGCGGAGCACACCAGAUUCGGUAGCAAUUUGCAACGCAUUGGCCCCAGGCCAAGAGGAGCAGCAGGAGGAGCUGGAGGAGCUGGGGCAGCCGACUCUGGAGCAUCCAUCAUGAUGCCCACUUGGCUGAUGGAGGGCGUGUGGCAAUUAAAGAUGCGUGCCCUAACGCAGCGCGUAUUCCUGGACGAUCUGGAGGUGGAUGAGGCCGGGGAUGAGGCCAACGAGGAAGUGGAGUUCGAGCGUAUAGCAACUGCUGCUCGACCAGGGAGCAGCAUAAAGACCGCUUUCCAGCCACGCCCCCUCACCAGUCAAAGGGCGCAGCAGCAGGCGAGGAGCAGGGUCGUGGGCGUGGGCAUCGAGGUGGCCCACUCCAGCGAUGGUCGCCUAAAUAGUUCCAGGCCAGGAUCGGCGGCAGUGGCUCGUCCUGGCACCACUCUCAGUCGACCGGGCUCCUCUUUGGGGGGCGGAGAAAGACCUGCCUCCCGUUGCGGCACUGCCUCCCGAGUUCGAGUCACUUCGGCGGCGGCCUUCCAAGUGGGUGAUGCCACCGCCAAACUCUACCAGGCAUCCCGCCUCAAUCCCACCAUAUACGCCGAACGGGAGACCCUGGUCAAGGCGCUGUUCCAGUUCCUCUACUACCACGAAUCGGAUGUGCAAAAGGCAUACUCUUUGUGCCAAGCGGUGAUGGAAGUUCAGCGCCAGAAGCCCGGCAGUGGAGCCACUGCAUCCAACUUGUCCUGGUGGUGGCAACAGCAGAUGGGCCGAUGUCUCUUGGCCCUCCACUAUCCCCGCAAAGCGGAGCCCUUUCUGCAGCAAUCCCUGGCCAACUUUCCCCAUCCGGAUACCUAUUUACUGCUCUCCAGACUUUACCAACGGAUAAAACAGCCGGGGAAAGCGUUAUCCUUGAUCGGCGAAGUGGUCGACACGCGACCCUUUGAUGUCACCUAUCGUCUGGAGCAGGCGAGGAUUCAUCAGGCCAUGGAGCAGCAAGAGGAUGCACUGCAGCUCUACAGACUGGUGGCCAAAUUGCAGCCCAUCAAUGUGGAGUCUCUGGCCAGCAUAGCCGUGGGUUACUUCUACGACAACAAUCCGGAAAUGGCACUAAUGUACUACCGCAGAAUUCUGUCCUUGGGAGCCCACUCCGCUGAGCUCUACUGCAAUAUAGCAUUGUGCUGUCUGUAUGGUGGACAAAUCGAUUUGGUUUUACCCUGUUUUCAAAGGGCUUUGGCCAUGGCCACUCAGCCCGAGCAAAAGGCGGACAUCUGGUACAAUCUCAGCUUUGUGGCGGUGACCUCUGGCGAUUUUAAUCUGGCCAAGAGAUGUCUUCAGCUAUGUCUCACAUCAGAUGGCCAGAAUGGAGCUGCCCUUAACAACUUAGCUGUGUUAGCUGCCCAAGGAGGGGAUAUUAUGGGAGCCAAGUCCUAUCUAAAUGCAGCUAAAGAUGUGAUGCCCGAAGGUUCAGAAGUUACCACCAAUCUGCAGUUUAUGGAUGUGCACUACAAGCUGUAAAAUUGAAGGGAAGUUUUAAUGAAGACAUGUACAUGAGUUUGGAAAUUAUGUGUUACAAAAAGUUUCACAAAUAAAUUAAGUAUUUAUCUCUUUUUGGCUAUGAGUCACCAAAGAAAUUUCAUAAAGUAUAACAUUAUUUUUGUAGGAAAGCCCACCAUAUAUUAUAUAUAAAUUGGUGAUUGUUUAGCUUGACAGAAUGGCAGGUCUGAAGUGCCAAAUACUACUCAAAGAAUGACUCUCGUUUUCCUUUUGUACCUCGGUUGCGGUCAAUGCAAACCGAUUCAUGUUGCGAAAUACCUUAGAUUCAGACCCACCCACCAGUUCUCCCCACUCUAACCAUUUUAAUUAGCGGACUCAGCAGAAAAGCUUCGGCAAAUGUUGUGCAAAAAUCCAGCACAGACUCGUGGAGUUUUAGGAAUCAUUAUGCAUGUAUGUACUAUAUGUAUAUGUGUUUAGCCAUUUGUCAGGUGUUCAGGUCAGCAAAUCUGCUGAUGCUGGAGCCAAAGCUGUGUCUUCUGGCGGGGAGUGUCCCACUACCCCAACAACUCCGCCUCCAUUGCCUUCUCUUUGUUUGAGUCGAACAAAUGAUAAGCGCCAAAUAUUUGUUGAUAAAUGUUUGAAAAUUAAAUGAGCAACGUCCGACGACGUUGAACUCAUCGCGCUGGCAUGCAUAAGCUAAAUAUUUAUCAGCCUAGAAGGGGCCAGACUCUAGAAACUCUACAGUUCUCCCAGCAGGGGAUUACAGAUUACAGAUCCCACGGUUCGGGGGCCAAGAUACUUAUCGAAAUUUAAAUACCGCUCUCGAGAUGUGCUUAAUGAAAAAUGGAGCCUCCUAAACGGAUACAAAAAACGAAAAUGCAAAUU